CUGUUUCUAGUAGGAGCAUGUCAAAUAGAAGGCGAGUGGCGGACGUGAGAGAAGCCUUCUCAAAACCCAUCGUUAAGCAGUCGCUUCUACCGCAGGCGGGUCAGCCACGAACUGCCGGACCGGCCAAUUACUUCACCGUUUCCGUGUUUGUCCCCUUUCUCUAAGCACUGCGGAGUCUUUAGGGCACCGAACUAACUUUAUACGAAGCCAGACAUGAGCCAAGGCCAGCGCUGGAAUGGAAGCUACGUUAACAACAGCCGGGCGGAUAUGGUACCGGAGAUCGCCGCCGCCGUAGGCUUUGUGUCCAGCUUAUUCCGCACCCGCGGCUGCGUUAGUGAACAGCAACUUCAGGUUUUCAGCGAGGCUCUGGAAGAGGCGCUUACAGCGCAUUACAAACAUCACUGGUUCCCCGAGAAACCAUUCAAAGGGUCUGGCUACCGCUGCAUCCGUAUCAACCAUAAAAUGGACCCUAUCAUCAGCAAAGCAGCUCGCCAGAUUGGACUCAGCCUUCAGCAACUCUACCAGCUCUUGCCCAGUGAGCUCACACUCUGGGUAGACCCUUAUGAAGUAUCUUACAGAAUAGGGGAGGAUGGAUCCAUCUGUGUUCUGUAUGAAGCAUCGGUGGCACCUGUGAGCUCCUACGGGAUGCUCACCUGCAAAAAUCAAAUGAUGCUGGGGCGCACUAGCCCUUCCAAAAGCUACAUGAUGACCGUCUCCAGCUAAGCACUCCUUGUUAUCCUUACUUUGCCAAGACAUGGGCUACUGUAUACCUCAACUUGAGGAUGUAUUUUUUUUAAAAAUGAAGAGCUAUUUAUAUAUAUUUUUUAAAAAAGGAAAUCCAAAUUGAAAUUCAGUAGCAGGCACUACUCUUUUGUAGAGUGGUGCUAAGGUGCCUUUUAAAAGCUGUCUGCAGGCUUGCAAGUUUAUUAAAAAAGCCAAUAUCUACCUAAUUAGCAUUCGAUUGACAAUUCUGGAAUGUUGACCUGCCUGUUUGGGAAAUGCAGGGUUAAAAAUAAAAGUACAGGGGCUGGGCAGGACUUAGCACUUUUAAACAGUGACAAAUGAUGGGAUAAAUGCUACUACAACUGUGAAUCUACAGGUCAGGAUGGUAGUAAGUAGUAAGAACUGUGCAUAUGGUUCACAAUAGUAUGACUUCAUUCUAGCCAUGGUAUUUUUUCCCAUAAAAUAUUCCUUUUCAAAUGGUUAUACUGACAAGCCACUACAUCACCAGCUUUAUAUCAUGUUCCAAUUUUCAGCAACAGUUUUGUCUUUUUAUGGCAUAAACAUUUUAUUUAGAUACCCAGUCACAACAGCAACUUUCUUUUUUUGUCCAGUGGGUGAUGGCUUGCUAAAAAUCUGCCCAUAAUUUAGCACAAAAACCCAAUUUCUUUCUGCACUUGAUCCUAAAUUUCAUGCUCAUGUAAAAUUCCUAUUGGUGCCCGAAGGUGUGGUUUCUGUAUAUGGAAUUUUGUUGAUAAAAAGGUUCUAAGAUGUGAUCUGUGUAACUGGCUGGCUGGUUACUCUUAACAGUUAACUCCUGUCAACAAAAGUGCAAUGGCCAGGCCACUAUGAACUAUAUCUACUGAAAGCAUGCUUUCACCGCAGUUUUGUCUAUUCCACUGCCUUUAAUACAAACUUGUAAAAUUCCUGACAAUGCUGCCAAUAAUUGUGGAGAAGUAAUUACAAAACCAGGACACUUAAAACUUUUUUUAAAGUCUUGAGAGCACAUAAUUGGCUUGGUUUUUUUUUCCAUUUGCUUCUCCAGAGCUCUUCCCUUACCUGUUUAAAUUGAGUUAUCAGAUACUGUGCAAUAAGGAUCCUAAUUUGGGUACUCGGACGACAAAUUAUUUCCUAUUUGCAAAAUGACUAUUCUCCUGAAAACUACUCAAAUAAUUCCUAAAAUGUCCUUGAAUAGUCAGAGAUUGGAGUAGGCAAUGUAAAAUCUACAAUGGCAUAUCUUUUAUGGGGUAUGAAGGUUUUUGCUUUUUCUAAAAAGAACACAUUACAAUCACCCCCCCCCCCUUUUUGGAAAAGGCAUGAAUUUGCUAGGGUGUUCUCUUCCUGAGCAAUUCCUAUUGAGAUGGAGAGUUUUGCAAGGGACAUGGUUAGUCACCUUGUGAAAUUUUGGUUCAUUUCAAUGGUUGCAUAGAUACACUUAGUUGUACCCCUGAUUUUCCAACAUUGCAAUGUUAGCCUGAUUUCUUCCAAUUUAUUAUGUAAAGCUCUUGUAUGUAGGCCAGAGCUUAUGUUCAUUUAUUACAAAGGUUGUAAAGCACUAAAGUCCCCUAUGAGCUAAAAAAAAAACUUAAAACAAUAGUGCUGCCACUCCGUUACCAGACUUGUGCAAUAUUUGGUGGCACAAAGGGAAACAUUUUCUGCACUGUAGCUUUCCCCUCUCAAGACAAGUUGCUGUUCAAAGUCUGCCCAAGAGCCUUGUUCCUUCUCUAAUAUUGUAAAACCCAAUAGAAGUGGGAACUGUAAGAUAGCUUGAAACAAAUGUUUGUUUUGCUGUGCUCCUUGCCUCUAUUUAGAAUUUCCCAAAUGCCAGUAAUUGGGUUGGUGUGCUCAAAGCAACUCUGAUUACAGGUAUAUUGAUGGUUCCCCUUAGUCCUUCAUUACCAUCAAAGUGUUCUGUAAAAACCAAAUUGUUAUUCCAUCUCUUUUGUUUUUCUUUCCCACUAUCCUUGAAGAAUUGAUAGAGAAACAGAAAAGGUUACCAAAUAUCAUGCUGUUAUACUUGGCAUUGAAUCUAGUAUAAAGGUUUUUUCCCCCCACAUUAACACAACCAAAUUUGGACACAAUCUGUUGUGUAACUUGUGCAUGUAAAAGCUGUGAAUUGAUGUGUGCUCUUUGUUGCCUUCGGAUUCUAAGUCUGAUACAAACAGUGCUGAAGAACUGUGUACUAGAAACUGCCUAUGGGUUGUGAAUGUGUGUCUUUUCUGCCUCUUUUUCAAAGAUGUUUGCAAAACUUGAGCUGGACUGUUGAGCGGGACCUAGUUUCAUAACUGGUGAAAAUAAUACCACGUUUGUAAGCUAUUGUGUGGGGGAGGGAUGUUUGUUGUACAAUGGUGUUUUUAUAUGCAAAAUGUACAGAUAUAUUGAAAAAUGUACACUUUUGAUACUUUAAUAAAAUGUAGCAAUUUAAAUACA